CGAACCUCGUCGCGCACGCACGUCCAACUCCACGCCAAACGCGUCGUUACAGUGACCGCACUCUCGUGUGAUAAAAUCCCCUCGUGUUUUUAACAACAAUGGCAACCUACGCUCAGUUCAAACAUGUUGAGCUCUACAAAAUCGGGCACGGAAAGAACAGGGUGCCAAAUGCGCCCAAGAGCUGCAUUGCGGAGAUCUUCAACGCGGACCAGACUGAUGGCAGCCCAGUGAAGAAUGGUGCAGCCAAGCCCCGCGUGGUGCGCGACACUCCUACUCGCCCUCGAGACACGCACUCCAGGCUCUUCGGACAGGUGCGUCAAACACAAGCUGUAAACAACCCGGUCUCUCCGAUGGUGACUGACACAAUCCGCAGUCACAUUCAGUUUGGGGACUCUGAGAUGAACGGAUCAAGCCCGACACACUCUCCUUCGAAGAUGGGCAACGGUAGUGCGACCUCUACUCCCAGCCGAGGUGAGAUGGGCCUCGGUGGACACUCAUCGUACGCUCCACCGAAGAGGAAUCCGGUGACAGGCGAUGGAGUGGCCGUGCCGCCGCUGCGCCGCCGCCACCCCGCCGCCAGCCUGCGAGGUGCCGACCCCGACGAUCCCCACACCCAGCUCCUACACCCACAACCCACCCACAGAUACUUCACUCGCGACUGGCCUCCGAAACCCGCCAACUACUACGUAGAGUCCACCAUGAAACCCAGUCUCACCACAAGAAUAACCCCAUACACACUCCUCGGCUUGGAAACCGAUGAUCCAGAAGUUGAACAUCCCGUUAUAGACCCAGAUUCUUUGUCACCCCAACUUGUUCUCAACCGCCACUGGCCUCCGUUCCCAGCUCAGCACUAUUUAGAGCCAAAAGAACAUAAGAUUCCAUAUCAUCCCCUGCCACCCUACGCAUUCGUUGGAAUGCAUUCUGCUUUAGGCGAGAGGCCUACUCCUGAUUACAAGUACGAUCCAAUUCCCACCUUGGAUGGGCCCAUAGAUCCCUAUUUGAUAGCUAAUACUGAUCCUCCACCGACGCUGUUUAAAUACGAGCGCGACGGGCCUAUUCCCGACGUGGUCCCCCUGCAGACUGCGCUAGUCCCCGGGCCGCACACUCUGACCGGUUUCCCACCUAUAUUCCACAAACACGUCCCCGGAUACCUUUUUGAUCGCAAUCGGCAUGCAGAGGACCUCCGACCUAAGACGUACUUUGUAGACUAUGUCCGCCGAAGAGAAAUGGAAGGUAACCCAAUCACCGGUGACGGCUACAAAUCGAUGAACGGCCAGAUCAACACGGUGACGUCAAUAAACGGCAAUAGCCUAAUGAGCAACAGUAGCCGCGUGCCGCCCGGCGGCUACUCCUCCGGCCUCUGGUAG